AUGAAAGCAGCAUGUCUUGGUCAUCAAUAUUUAAGUGUGAAAUCAUUUAAUGAGAGCAAUGCUUAUUUCAGUUCUGGAGGAAUUCGCGGUAGUCGAAAACAUGGACGAGCACAGCGAAAGCAACAACCAAUUACUACUUUAGUAGUUCCAUCAGUUCCAGCUUCCGAUCCACUUUCGCGUCGAUCAAUUGCAAUUCAGGAACAAUCUGAAUCAAGUGUUCGACCAGCAGCUUUUAUUAGACGAAGUUAUAGUGAUUCAAGUAAUUUUUAUGCUGCCUAUGAACAACAACUUUCGAUUAAUGCUCAAUUUCGACAUAGUGAUGCAAAUCAUAAACCAUAUUCGUUGAAAUCUCUUAUGAGUAAACGGCAUGGAAAGCAGGAUGAAGACGAAAAAUUGAGUAGUUGCGUUCGACAUUUUUAUAAAAAACAAGAUGCACUUAUUGAUUCAUUUAAAAUACUUGAUGAGCAAACAUCAUUAGGGUCUGGAAGAGAAAAUAAACAUUUAAAUAAACAAAAACGAUAUACUGAAUGGCUGAUUAAAGCAACAUUAGUGUGCAAUGUGACAUUAUUAAUUGCUAAAAUAGUAGCUGCUGUCUAUUCUCGUUCACUUUCAAUCAUUUCAUCAGUUAUUGAUGCUGCUGUUGAUUCAGCUUCAGCAUGUUUACUUUAUUGGGUUAUUCGUGUAAUAAAACGUCAUGAUCCUUAUACUUAUCCAGGAGGUCGUACUCGUCUCGAACCAGUUAUCAUUGUAAUUUUAUCAGUUAUUAUGGUUUCAGCAUCGGUUCAAGUUAUUUAUGAAUCAAUUCAAUCAUUAAUAAAUUAUGCAGAUCAUUUCACAAAAAAUUCAACAGAUUUACGUCACAUUGAUAUGGGACCAGCACCAAUAUCUGUUAUGUGUGUUACGAUUGUUUGUAAAGCGAUUCUAUCAUUUCUUUGCUAUCAAAUAUCAAAUCCAACCAUGUAUGCUGUUGCACAAGAUCAUCGAAAUGAUGUUUUUUCAAAUAUAGUUGCACUUGCAUGUGGUAUUAUUGCUUCCAAAGCUUCUGAUGGUUCAAUUAAAGUCAAAGAAAUCGUUGUGAUUGAUCCAAUUGGUGCUAUUCUUAUAUCCCUUUAUAUAAUAUUUUGUUGGUUAGGACAACUUCGUCAACAAGUACGAAACUUAAGCGGUUAUAAAGCUAAACCUGAAUUUUUACAAAAAAUUACAUGGCUUACAUUACAACAUUCAUCCUUAAUACAAAAAAUUGAUACUGUUCGUGCAUUUCAUUUUGGUACAUCAUUUUUAGUUGAAGUUGAAGUUAUUUUGCCUGAAACAAUGUCACUUAAAGAAGCACAUGAUAUCGGAGAUGAAUUAAAAGAUAAAUUAGAAAAUAUACCUGAAGUUGAAAGAGCUUUUGUUCAUUUGGAUUAUGCUGUUGACGCUCUGGAAUAUUAA